AUGACCAUCACUAAAUCUCGAGGAGCGACCAAGAAGUUGGGGCCCAUUAUUGUGGGCAACAGAAUCAUAAGCUUCAAGGCCCCCAAUAUUGAUCGCCGCUUCACUAGAAACCGAAAGCCCAUCUUCAGCAUUGAUGAAUGUUGCGUCUGCGCUGAGACUCUCAACGCUAUGAUAGGAGACAUCUCCUUCUGCUCCAAGUGCGGGCAAAAUGUCCACGAAGUCUGCAUGGAAGCCUGGAAGCGCUCAUCGACUACCAGUCUCAAGAAGGAGUCAAUCCCGACCUGUCCGAUGUGUCGUGCGAGCUGGAAGAACGAGUCACUACCCAAGGAGCUAGACCUAGAGUCUGAGCUAGACGCUGAGGCUACGCAAAUCUACCUGGACUGGCUGUAUACCUCCACUUUACACAUAUCCGCAAAGGUCUCUCGCAUUAACGAUGCCUUCAAUCUUGUCAUCCUCAAACUCUGGACUGUUGCCAACGCCGUCGAAGAUCCAGUGUUCAAGUCGCAAGUCAUUGCCACUUACUUCGCAGAAGCUCGCGCGCGUUUCUGGAAAGAGAGCGUGAAGUGGGCUUUCGUGGAGCGUAAGUGCGAUGACGAAAUUCGAGCUUUCGUCAUCGACAUAUCGCUUGCCUAUAUCGAGCCCGGUUGGUUCAAGAGCGAGGGCAAGAGCUGGCCAGAGGCCUUCGUGAGUGAGCUAGCAGAUGCAGCCAUGGUCCGGUGGGGAGACAGGAAAGAUGGCAGAACGACAAGGAAGAUGUGGAUGGAGAAGCUGAGCGUAGAAGUGGAUCUGACGAGCGAUGACGAAGAUACUGCGCCUGUAGGCGGCAGCACGAGUUUGGCGUCAGCAGCAUCGCGAAGUCUGCAAGGCAAGAAUCCAGCUGUUGGUCUGAAUAGUCCCAAAGCUGGAGCUAUAGAAGUACCAGCAACCAGGAAGCGUCCAAGUCAAAAGGUCGAAGUGAGGAAGCAUACACAUAGUGCGAAGCGUCGGCUGAAGCAAGAUGUCCGCUCCAUGCCUCUUUCCGAUGACUCGGACGACGGCGGACUGGUUGUAUACAGGUCGAAAGGAUGA